UUUUGAUUGCACUUGGAAUAAUGACGAGAGCCUUCUACCGAUUCUUUGUAAGGAGAGCAAAAAUGACUUGAUAGACUUGGGUCCGCUAUCAGAACAGAGCCAACUUCAACUCGCCUAUUAACUUACAAUGGUGUAAAGAUCCGGCAGCAGCAUGGAUGGCGCUGAAUCAUUAUACUUAAGAAUGUAUUUCAAAGCAUCUUGUGUUUAAUUGGAUUCCCCUAUAGCAUGAUUUCGAGAACCUCCCCGUCACCGAAGUCGGACACUAUGGUUGGGGGCGACGCCCGUUCGAGAACCGGGCUCAAUAACUUGGAAUCGUAAGACACCAUCCGGCACUCGCGAUUUGACUUUGGAUCACCCAAAGGUUCCAAGCGACAACGUUCGAGACCCGAAGCUAUCCGAAGAUACUGCUUUUGUGGCUUCAGGCUACUUACACCGCACUGCCGUCCUUGACGUCGUUCCGCUGUUGCGCCAUCGAGCCUGAUCUGCCAAGAGCGGCACAUCGCACUAUGCUCCAAUCUACAGCCCUUUUUUUCUUGGCCUCAAGUACCCAUGCGAGGAAACGACUGUAAGCACCACUACCGACGCCUCCUCUUCCCUCACAAGCGGGGGUUGUUACCAACCCCGCGUCACCUUUGCCUGGCUCUCGUGAACGACGACGGGACGUAGCCUGAUUUGGAGGCUGGGACUUUUGCUAGCCCACAUUUCGGCGCUCUUCCCGAAAUGGAAACUCUUUGGAAGAGCAAGCCUGGUGUAAGUCGACUAUCAUGACGGAGAGGUAUGGCGCCGUCCGCACUCUCUUUUCGGUUGUAUGAACUUUGCUUCUGUGCGGUUUGGUUACAAGUGUGCUGGUGAUCAAGCCAUUGUCUUCGAUAUGGAAAAUCUCAAGAAAUAUUUCGGCCGGCAUAGCUAUCAAGCUGUCGAUGUAGACUCUAAAGAGAGUCUGCAGGAUGGCAUGAUGUACAAAUCAGCCAGUCGUUCGCCUGCAGAGGCUAUCCGAACCGCCAUCAUUGUCUGCUUGCUCAUCUCCAAUAUCUCGCUGGGCAUUGGCCUUUACAAUUCGACUGCAGAAUGUAGCCAUUUUUGGGCUACAGAGCAUUACAAAAACGCAGAUAUGAAUCGAGACAUUAAAAAGGACUCUGCAUACUCCCCUGUCCUCGAUCGAUUCGAACUCAACCCGCGAUUGAAGACUUUUAACGGCGCUCUUCGAGACAAUUCAUCAAUUUGGCGCCAGCCUCCUUCUCCCGAGGUUGAUGCUGCUUGGGACUACAUCUCUGCUGAACUGUUUGAGUUGAUUACCGUCUCAGAACAGGACAUUAUACUCUCUGGCAAAGAUCCUUCCAAAACACUACAGGCUCCUUUGUCCUGGGGCUAUGGUGAGGGUGCAUACAUUGCACAGGUAGAUGUUUUUCACCAAAUUCACUGUCUCAAUGAGCUGCGCAAGGAGAUGCACCACGACUACUAUUACGAUGGGAAGCCCGCAUCUGAGCUGCAUCACCAUCACAAGGCACACUGCGUUCACAUGUUGCUUCAAGCUCUCAUGUGCUCUGCUGACGUCGGCAUCAUCACCCAUAAUUGGGUACACAACGAACGGAUUGAGGAGCCCAAGAUGAGACCAAUGUCUGAUUUCAAUGUUGUCAAGAAGUGCGCAGAUUUCGAUGGCCUACUUGCAUGGACGAGAAAGAAUGCAGUGCAGGAUAUUAAGAGCAAGUGGCCUCUCUUAAAGUAUGAACCUGGAAUGCCUAUUGUCGCUGGCGAAGGAUAUGCCUGAAUAUAUUUCUUUAUUUCAGAUUUCUACUCUAAUAAUCUCUACAAUUCACUCUGAACUCCAUGAGCCAAGGUCCACUGCCGAAUGUCUUCAAAGUUCCGGCAGGUAUGCUGAAUAUCAAAGCGUGGCUCGGGUGCCAAUUUCUGACGGGAGCGAUCGUUGUAUACGAUCAAGUCAAUGUCACUGUCACACUUUGAAUGAGUUAGCAAAGGAUUCUCAAGAAGUAGCAUAUGCCAGGCUUACCAUGAUCUUCUGUCGGAGGACGUCGAGGCAGUGGUCUAGAGAAAAGGUUAGUAUCUCGGCCUGUUUUCAACAAGACUAUCAGACUUACCGACAUGGUAGUCUACCAUGCCUGGAUCAUCGUGAAAAGAGGUAUAGUCUGGGUAGCUUUCGCGAUGGAUGAACUUGCGGACAAGAUUCAGGCAGUGCAGUUGAUGGAAGACUUCGACAAAGGCAAAGUACUUGCCGUCAUGCCCAUACGCAUUUUCGAUGGGUUGGUUGAUGCGCUUCAUUUCAUCUUCAGUGAUGAGAAUUAAGCUCUCUGAGAUAUUUGGUUAGUCUGAAUAGACAACGGUCAGCAAGGCUUGUUCUCACGAUUCAUGAUUCCAGCCCAGGCAGCGUCGAGCUCUGGUCGUGGUUUGCCUUUGAACGGCGAUGGAGACUCAUUCAUGUCUAUGAGAACAUGAUCAUAAACUCUUUCUGAGUACUUCACGACGUCCCAUAGAGGUGCUGGAGAAAGUCAGCUCAUCAUCACCAUGGCUUCGACCCUGCCCACUCACAGUAGUGCCUGGAGGCCUUGUCUUCUCGUGAGGUGUUUGCACCUCUUUCGAAAUAGACAUGGAUCACAAGAGUGAAAAUCACAAGAACAGAAAGCCCAUGCAUCAACCAGUGCAAAGGGGAUGGCCUUCUUGGCUGGUAUCUCUCAUGGCCUAGUGACUCAUCAUCAGUGCUUUGGCUGUCCGCCUCAAGACGAUAGUACUCUUUGUCCAUUUUUGUGAUUGACUGCCAGCUUUACUUUCGAAUGAUGGGAGUGGCGAUGCCAAAGACCCCGUACAAAGAGUCUCUACAGAAACUAUGGCCAUGCCGCAGCCUGCUUGUGACUAUGGACUCGGCCAGUUAGGCUCAACCGUGCUCAGCGCCACCGGCUGGCCGACGGCGAUAACUGAAUGUGGAAACUAUCCAUGACAAGCUUUCUGGGGAAACAGGUGCCGAAUUGCCGUGUUUCCUGCGAUCCUCAACUCACCUUCCUGAAGUCGUUAAAUAGCCAGAGCCUUGUUCGGGUACGUGAACCAACCACUCAGCCCGCUCGACGCCACCGACAGCCGAUGCAGGUUGGCGACAUCGCACGCCUCACAACAGCUGCAUUUGCUGUAUACUAGCUGAAUGGUGGAUAUGCCACCGCACGUCCCCUGCAUUUGUGGCGUUGGGGGAAGCUACUUGGACUCUGGGGCUUGUAUACGAGAGCGUGGGCGUUUAGUAAUGGAUUGAAGAUCGAGUGGACCUAUGUUAUCGCAAUUUGUUCGCCAUUAUUGUGUAAUUGACCGUGAUACUUGGUGCUCUUGAGCCACUUUUCGGCAGUUGGAUGGCUUAGAGGCGGUCGGGCCUCUCGCAAGCUACUGAUAGCCAGCGGCACAUCGGACAGUGGCGUUGAGGUGUCUUACACGAUACUUUUAAACAUGGGCUCAGAUGAACGGAGUAUGCCGAAACAUGAUUGGUCAAUUUACUCAUAUAUAGGAAAAAGCUGCUAUUCUAGCGCCUCCAAUGGAGAGAAGGCGGAGGUUAUUGCGUCAACCAGGCGUUCUAGUUGGCGUUCUCAGCAUCUCUCUCGUAGGCAGUGACCCACGAUCCGCGGAGAGAGUAUCCAUCGACACCCUCUUCGGCACGCUUGGCCUCCUCGGCUCUCUUAGCCUUCUCGUAGGCGGUGACCCAGGAGCCACGGAGAGAAUACCCGUCAACGCCCUCUUCGGAUCGCUUAGCAUUCUCAGCGUCUCUCUCAUAAGCAGUUACCCAAGAGCCUCGAAGAGAGUAUCCGUCAACACCCUCUUCGGCCCGCUUGGCUUCCUCAGCACGCUUGGCCUUUUCAUAGGCAGUAACCCAAGAACCUCGCAGGGAGUAUCCAUCAACGCCGUCCUCAGCGCGCUUAGCUUCUUCGGCUCUCUUGGCCUUCUCGUAAGCAGUCACCCAGGAGCCACGCAGGGAGUAGCCGUCAACACCCUCCUCGGAUCUCUUAGCAUUCUCAACAUCCCUCUCGUAGGCGGUUACCCAAGAACCACGGAGAGAGUAUCCAUCGACACCUUCUUCACCGCGCUUCUCCUGUAUAAAUUGUGAAUAUGUAGACUUCGUUGUGUCUUCUGGUGGGUACUUACAGAGGCCGGAGUAGGGGCAGCUAGGACAUGGGCAGCGUAAAACGCAACGGCCAGGAGGGAGAACUGCAUGAUUGCAAGAAGAGAGAAAUAUUUGGAUGCAAUAGAGUAAAGUUUGAAAGCUGAUGGUUGAUCUGUUGGUGCCGUUUCUGCGGACGAGAGGGCCGAGGUCGUCUCUUUUAUCCUCCGCCUUCGCUCUUGAUAGCCAAAGACAAAAGUUCUGGACUCUGAAUUGGCCGGGCACCUUCCUAAAUCAACCAAGAGCCAUUCUUUCGGCUUACUGAGAGUAUUUCGUUCCAGAGAUCAUCAUAUGAUAGACAGACCAGGCUCGUGUACUUCACGCCACAGGACGAGAAGGGCAAUCGCCGCCGCCAGCAGAGGCGAG